CUUCUCUCUUUCUCUCUUUCUCUCUCUCUCUCUCUCUCUCUCACCAACCACACUCCGUCGCCAGCGUGGUUGUUGUGUGAGGAGCGCUGCCAAUUCGUUCGCCGAAACAUGAUGUCCUCCUCCGGCGCCGGCAGGUACAUGGCCUUUCCGCCGUCGCCCUCCGCUCCUCCCUCGCCGCAUCUAUCCGCUCUGCGCUCCUCCGCUUUAGCCGAGCAGGACAAAUAUCUAUCUGAGUUGUUGGGAGAACGUAACAAGCUUAGUCCUUUCAUGGCUGUGCUUCCGCAGUGCUUUCGAUUAUUAAACCAAGGUUGCAUAAAAAAUAGUUUAUUUUGCGUAGCACCCAAUAUAGAAAUUUUGCGUGUAACAUCGCUGAUGGGGAAUGCAUCAGUUUUAGGUCAAAGUGGGCUUGAACAAGCUAGCCCCCUGGCUACUGGAGGAAUAUUUUCAAACGGAGGUGCCAAUGUGAACGGAUGGGCAUCACGAUUUCAAUCAGAAAGGCCCAGCUUGUCGCAGUCCUCACCAACACCAAACUGGCUGAGUCCACAAGGCAGCUCAUCUGGUUUACUUAUUAAAAAGACACUCAGAGUCGAUAUACCUGUGGACACAUAUCCUAAUUAUAACUUUGUUGGUCGCCUCCUAGGCCCUAGAGGAAACUCUCUAAAGCGUGUAGAAGCGAGUACUGACUGUCGUGUCUUGAUCAGGGGCCGUGGUAGCAUUAAGGAUCCGACUAGGGAGGAAAUGAUGAGAGGGAAACCUGGGUAUGAACAUCUGAACGAACCUCUCCACAUUCUAGUUGAGGCAGAAUUACCGGUUGAAAUAGUUGAUGCACGCUUGAUGCAGGCACGUGACAUACUUGAAGAUUUGCUCAAACCCGUGGAUGAAUCUCAGGAUUUCUACAAGAAGCAGCAGCUUCGGGAGCUAGCAAUGCUGAACGGCACUCUUCGCGAGGAGGGUUCCCCCAUGUCCGGUUCUGUUUCACCAUUCCAAAACAGCCUUGGUAUGAAGAGGGCCAAGACCAGGGGGUAAAUUGUCCUGAAGGGUGAGAGAGCUUUUGGAGCUUGUGUUAAUUUUCUAAAUCAGCACUUACCAUGCCACUGGAGCUGCUGUCAAUGAAUGCCCUGAAUUGCCAUCGGGGCACUGGCACCAUAGUGCCAGUUCUAACUUGUUCUAUGUGCAGUGUGUUUACAUUGAGUUUGGGGGAGGUUUAAAGAUGGUAGCACGUAGUGAAAGUCCAAUUGAGUUUGGUGAUUUUUUUAGUGUCGGUUAGGCGAUUUGGUUAGAUAUUCACCAAAUCUGUCUAUAUAUUAUUAUAUGGGGUUAUAUUUAAGCUUGCAAUGACAGUUUUGAUAUGGUUUUGGAAUUCUGUGAGGAAGGUUAUGUUAUGGUUUGUACCCAGAUUGUGAGGCAGACAGAUAAUAUCUACUUCAGUGCGUGUAUGGUGACAUUUUGUAGUAUCUAAUGUAGAUUAUAAAUUUGUGAAAAUACCUUUUUUGUUUUGA